UUAAUGUGUUACUCAUUUAACAAGUUUUUUUUCUACUUGCUAUCACAUAAAUAUAAGUAUUAGGCAGUUUGUUUACUUAACAAUAGGAAAUCAUGAAUGACCUUGCUCAACCCCUGAAGAGCACCCUGCUGCAAAAAGGAGUGCCAGAUUGGCUGACUCAAACACUGCCUGUCUCGGAUCAGAUUUCACUCCGUCUGCACACCGUGAAACUCAGAGACCGAAAUAGCUCCCUCAUGCUGACCUAUAACAACAUGUAUUUCAAGGUACGCUUGAUGUUCUCUCGGAAAAAGACAGCAGUAAAUGUCAUGUAGUCCUAAACAUGACCAGUAGAAGCAGAGGUUCAGCUAGAAAUUCAGAGUCUACUGACAGAAAACCCAUUGAGCUAUCAGCAGGUAUCGCCCCACAUUUCCUGCAUCAGCCGACAGUCUGUUAGCUUUAAGAACAUCAGGAUAUUUCAGUCAUGGCCAUGAGUCCUGGUCCACGGAGUUGUGGCAGCCUGAGUCCUGAGGGGAUCCUGAGAGAGAUCCAGAUCAAUUUGAUGGAGUGUAAAGUCUGCUUUGAGAAGUUCUGCACUCAGCAGAGGGAGCGCAGGCCACAGAACCUUUCCUGUGGCCAUGUACUCUGUCUGGAAUGCAUCACAGCUCUGUCCCACCCUCUCCUGAGGAAGCUGGAGUGCCCGUUCUGUCGACAGCUGUGCAGUGUUGACAGCACCUCCCACUGCCAGGUUCUUAGUGACCUCCAGGAGCUGCUGUUGUCCCGGAGGCCUGUAUCGUCUGCUCCUCCUCACAGGGCAAAAGGAGGCCUUAGCUUGUCUGCAGGUCUGACAUCCACAGCUCUGCACCUCUACACAGCUUUUGGCAGUUGGGGGACUCUUAUCAACCCCACUGGGAUAGCUAUAUUAGGGUCCUCAGGGACAAUAGUGGUGGUGCACGAUGAAGAGAUGAGGGUGGUGGUGUUCAGUCCGCAGGGUAGGAAGCUGCACAGUUUUGGGCGAAGAGGACAAGCCAAUGGAGAGAUCUGUUACCCAGUGGAUGUGGCGGUGACUCCCUGUGGUCACGUGGUGGUGACUGAUGCAGGGGAUAAAGCCGUGAAGGUUUUCACCUCCAGAGGGAACCACGUGUUGACGGUCAAGGAUUCUUUCCAGAUGCCCUGGGGUGUGGACACAGACAACUGUGGGUACCUCCUGGUCUCAGACAUCCAGGCUGGCACACUGUUCCAUGUAAAAGUGGACUAUGUUCAUGGUGUUGUUCUGGAGCAUCACACAUCUGUUUCUGACCUCCAGCAUCCAAAAGCAGUGGCCUGCUGUCCAGUGACUGGGAACACUGCAGUGAUGGAGCACUUAACUGAUGACACACAUCCACCAGACAGGCAACAACACACAAGGCUGAAAGUGUUUACCAAAGACUUCCACCUGCUUCAUCAGACAGACAGUUUCAGCCUGACCCUGCAGUCCUCAGUGAGGCUGAACAUGUCGGGUGUGGCGUUUGAAGGAGAUGGAGAUGUGAUUGUGAUUGACUCUGAACAGGGGAUGAUUUGGAGUUUAGGGAAGCUCCAGAACGGCCCAGUCCUGACUCCUCUUGUGGGAGACAACCUUAUCCGCCCAGUUGGACUAGUGUCACUGAACAACAUGCUCAUCAUUCUGGACAGUGGAGACCAUACAGUAAAGAUUUAUUCUGCUAAAUCUGAUACUGGACCCAUGAUAUAGCUCAUGUAUGAACCGGCCCAGAGUAGCCUAUGUAAAAUAGAGAUUAUUAUAUUGUAUAGUGAUGUGGUUACCUGGCAAUAUAUUUACAUUGAAAAUGAAAAAUGUGAAUAUAAUGAGUGCUAUUGUAUACUUUGUAGUAUUGGUUGUGUGAUCAUGUCAUAAUAAUGUUUCUGUCAUGUAGUUACUGUCCCCCUAUUUACUGAAAAUAAAUAGCAUUAUUUGUGAAUAAAUAAUACAUUACUUUCCCAACCAGCAGUCCCAAUAAUAAUCUAAGAGCUAACAAAAUGAUUAAAGGCAUAAGAAAGCAAAAAAUAUAAAUCUUAUUCAAAACUUUUCUUAAUUUUGCUGUUUUCUUGUAAAAACACUGGAUCCCUCCACCUUUCUGGAGCUAAAAAAAAUCCUUCAAAUCAAACUAUCUAAAGUAAACAAAAAAAACUCUUGGUUGAAAUGCUCACAAUUCAUGUCCACAAGGCCAGAAAGCUGUGAUGAGUGGUUAAACAAGCAAAUUCCUUAAUUUUAACGGGGUCAAUACUUUAACUACAUUCUACUGCCGAUACUUAUGUAGUUUUACUUAAGAAGAGUAUUUUUAUAUUGCUGUAUUGAUCCUUUUACUGAAGUAAGGAUCUGAAUUCUUCCAGCACUGGCCCCUUCGCAUUUCAUCAUUACAGACUGCAUCCAAUCUGUAAUCAGUGAUUGAUAACUACUCUUGUCGAUGGAGCAAAUCGUAACGCAGCAGUAAGAAAAAUGCUUUGCCGAGUGGGGACUUGCGAGCAGUGGACCAGAUUCAGCCUGAUGAAGAGUCUUGGAAAGCUCCUCUUCCAAAAAUGAGGGGUGAUUAAAGCUUACUGUACACUAUUGAAGUCUUUGAUUUUCAUCUAAAUGUGGUUUUAUGGUAAAAAUGGACAGAUACAUAAGACUUUACUGAACAAAAAAUUUGAUCUGUGUUUUGUUUAAGGAGCCUGUCACAAAAUACUCAAAAGAAAAAUGGAACUACUGCUACACGUUGAGGAUGAUAUGCUUAAACUUUCCUUAAAAUUUGGAUAUUUAAGCCCCUAAAGGUGCAGUUUACAUUCUAGACUUUUAAAGGUCCUAAAACGUCAAUAAAUUAGAUUUUAAAAAUGA